ACGACAGAGGAGAACACACACACACACACACACACACACACACACACACACACACACUGGGACUAUACUUUUAACUCAGAACGACAGAGAAGAACUACACAUACACACACACUAAAACACACACACAGGUCAGUGGGAGGGGCUGUUUUCCUGCAGGUCAGUGGAGGCGGUCGGCCGGUAGAAUGUGUGUGUCUGAGCGUCUCUCUCUGACCCUCCUGCUCCUCUAUGGAGGCUGCUGCUUACUCUUCAGCCCUCUGGGAACAAAAGCUCAAGAGCUGAACUGCACGUGUCAAGUGGAACAUGGACGAUGUGACGAGGACACUGGUGAAUGCAAGUGUGAUCCAGGUUGGGCCGGUCCUGAGUGUACAGACUGUAUGCGGAUGCCGGGGUGUGUCCACGGGACCUGCCAUCAGCCCUGGCAGUGCACCUGCCAACCAGGAUGGACCGGACGCUUCUGCGACAAAGACAUCCAUGUGUGUUCCAAGGAGAAGCCGUGUCAGAACGGGGCGACGUGUGUGACGGAUGAGACGGGUGACUACUCCUGCCUCUGCCCCGACGGCUUCCACGGCAACCACUGCCAACUCAGAAUGGGACCGUGCUACAGCACCAAGUCUCCCUGUAAGAACGGCGGUCUGUGUGAGGACCUGGGCGGGUUCUCUCCGGUGCUGACGUGCCGGUGCCUGGCGGGUUUCACCGGACCGCGGUGCGAGACCAACGUGGACGACUGCCAGCUGCAGCCCUGCGCCAACGGCGCCACCUGCGUGGACGGAGUCAACCGCUUCUCCUGCCUGUGCCCGCUGGGCUUCGCCGGGCGCUUCUGCUCCGCCAACCUGGACGACUGCGCCAGCCGGCCGUGCCUGAACGGCGGCCGCUGCCUGGACCGCGUCGACGCCUUCCUGUGCCUGUGCGCCGGCGGCUACUCGGGCACCACCUGCCAGGUGCCACCCCGGCGCCCACCACAGGGGGCGCCAGAGAGCAGCGGCGCCACGGCCAGGCAGGGCACCUGGGGCCGGGGGGGCAACCGCACCCUGGACGCAGGCGAGGGGGGCACGGGGGACGAAGGGGGCAGGGGCGACGGCCGCUUGCUGAAGAUCUCGGUGAAGGAAGUGCUGGCGCAGCCUGGGGGGGCGGGGGGGCUGUCGCAGGCCCAGCUGGUGACGCUCCUGGUGCUGGGGGGGGUGACGCUGGCGGUGGUCGGCCUGACGGGGGCGCUGGUGCUGCGUGGCCACUGGAUGGAACACUGCGCCCCUCGCUGCCGCUGCCGCCCGCCCCCGGCCUCCUCUUCAUCAUCGUCAUCAUCGUCACCGUCACCGGCAACCUCCCCGCUCCAGCUGUUUCGCGGCUGCCGAGCAACGCGAGGGAGAGUGCAGGAGACGGGGUCUUCGGCGCCCCCUCCUGAGCAGGAGUGUAAGAUCAGCUUCCUGGAGCCGCCUCCCCCCGACCCCACUGAACCAGAGAAGAAGAAACUCAACACGGAGGUCAUCUAAGCCACAACCCCUUCCUCUCUCUACCUCCAAUCACACGCAGUGUGGAACGCCCAGACCUAUCAGAGUGGACUGCCCGCCCCUAUUCCGUGUGAAGCCACACCCCUGGGGACCUAAAGGGGAGGGACAAAUUUGAGCGGACAUUUUGGGCUACCCCUCAGAACUCUCCAGAAUGAUCUGGUUGGUUGAGCAGUCUGAUGUUUCAGCCACACCCACACAGGGCUGUGUUCAACACGUGAAGGGGAAAGGUGUAUGUAACAUCCUCUCUGUCUCAGAACCACACAGAGCUAUGUACAACACGAGAAGGUGAGGGGUGUAUGUAACAUUCUCUCUCAGAACCACACAGAGCUGCGUUCAACAUGUGAAGGGGAAGCAUGUCUGUUACAGCAUCUCUUUCAGUCAAAACCAUGCAGAGCUGUGUUCAACACAUUAAGGGAAAGGGUGUAUGUAACAUCCUCUCUCUCAGUCACACACACAGAGCUGCGUUCAACAUGUGAAGGGGA